CUUACCUUUCUAUUUGCUGACAUAGUUUUGGGGCCACUUAGGACUCAAACCCACAGCCUUCUCCAGUCCACGGGGCGUCUAUGAUGUCUGUGGUGAAGACCAUCACAGAUGUCAUACAGACAGAGGUUUUAUUUGUGGUGUUUUGUCGCCAUCAAGUGGUUAGUGGUGUAGGGACAGUAGCGAUGGCAGCGUCAGGAACGUUUUAACGUCAGCACGUAAACUUUCCAUCCAAAUUUGCGCGGGUAUGCAGCUGCGGCAGUAGAAUGCCAUAUCCCUGUCGUGAAUCCUGAAAACAUUAAUUAAAAGGAAUCAUGUCCAAGCGAGAAGCGUUUUUAGACGGCGUCUGCAAGGAAAACGUGGAGGACUUCCUUCGUUUUAUUCAGCUUCAUAAGGACAAAACGGAGCCCUUUGAUGUGGAGGAGGUGGUGCAGGAGAUGUCCAGAGAGCAGAGGCUGGCUCUGUGGAGGAGGCUGGAGACCCUCCUGCAGGACGUCUUGCUGGAGUUACCUCCACAGCGCUGGGAGGAGCACAUGCAGCAGGAGUCGGCUCCGGAUCCCAAACAAGUCGUAGCUGUUGUGGACGGUGUGACGUUAGUGGCUACGACGUCCCUGAAGGUUUUACAAGACGGUGACACCUACGACGCACUUUUGCAGAUUGCCCACAGGCUUCAUGAUGUUUUGGUGUCACUCCCCGAGUCGCAAGCUCAUUUGCAGCUCCACAUACAAACUCUGUUUGAGGCGUGGUGGAAGAAAGGGCUGCAGGAGAGAGAGAAGUUUGGCCGUGUGACCUUUCUCAUCUCUCUGCAGAAGAGCUUCACCUUACAGAAACCGGGGGCUGAGAUCCAGCGAGUGUGGAGUCUCCACAAAGUGCUCCUGACUCUGGAUUACGAGUUGGACAACAAGCAGCUCACCGACCUGCUGCUCCAGUGCGUCCAGCAUCCUACGUACAUCAGAAACGACGACGGAAAGCGAUUCCUUGUGUUUCUUUUCAGCUGGAAUGUGGAUUUCAUCUGGGUUAUUCAUGGAACCAUCAAGAACCAGCUCCAGUUUUACAACAAAGGCAUGAUCUCUCAGAUUUCAGAGAUCUACUUCAGAGCUUGGAAGAAAGCUAGCGGGGCCUUCCUGGAAAAGAUCGAGAACUCCUGCAUUCAGGACUUUAUGCAGAACGCCAUCGUUCUCCAUCGAGCAUCUCCUGUUCACUCCAAAGUCCGACAGAUUAUGAGCUACUUUCACUCCAGGAAGGGCUGCCACAGCGUGGACAAGAUGCUGUUUGAUCUGUACAAGCCGAUACUCUGGAAAGCUCUGAGCGUUCCAAACUUUGAGGUACGCGCAAACGCCACCUUGCUUUUCACCGAGGCCUUCCCGAUCCACGACCCGGACCAAACCAACACGGAAAUAGACACAAACAUCCAGAAACAGCUGGACACAGCAAUGAGCCUCCUUGAUGACCCUCACCCCACCGUACGCUCCAACGCCAUCCUGGGCGUCUGUAAGAUCCUGGCUAAGUGCUGGGAGCUCCUCCCUCCUGGCGUCAUCUUAGACUUUAUAAAGAAGCUGUUGAUGGAGCUCGCCGCCGACUGCAGCUCACCGGAUGUCCGCUGCUCGGUCUUUAAGUGUCUGACUCUCGUCCUGGACAACCCUCUGAGCCACGCGCUCCUGGAGAAGCUCCUUCCCAACCUGAAGUACAGCCUCCACGACAACUCGGAGAAGGUCCGCUCAGCUUUCCUCGACAUGCUCAUCAAGGUGAAAGCAGCUCGUGCUGCCAAGUUCUGGGACGUGUGUAACAUGGACCACCUGCUGGCCCGGCUGGCGAUCGACUCGCCUUCGGUCUCCAAACGCAUCGUGGAGCUGCUCUUCAACUCUUUCUUCCCCGUCAACGAGUCGGAGAAGGAGUGGUGCUGCCGGUGCGUCACCCUCAUCCAGAUGAACGCCAUGGCUGCCAGGAAGUUCUACCAGUUGGCUCACAAACACACGGCCCCCACGAAUAUAAUAAAACUGAUGUUGGCCAUUCGCCGCUUGCUAAACGGCUACAUCCAGGUGGGCGGAGACCUGACGGACAUCAAUCACAGCAACAAGGAGAACAACACGGUUGAAGCCCCUCCCCCGGGGCACGACCCCACCGUCGUGUCCAGCUUGCUGGAGAUGGUGGUCAUUCUAUGGAGGAGCGUGGAGAAGGCGCUCAAACAAAAUGAAGAGGCUCACAAGUACACGACAGCAAAGUUUGGCAGCGUCAUGGCCAAGUACUUCCAGGUUUUUAAGGAUGAACGAUCUACCGCUCCUCUUUUACAAAUGGCCUCACUAAUGCCUCCGGCUGCUGUUCCAACCUUCAGCUGUGGAGUUUUAUCCAGACUGAGGCGGAUGGACCCUAGAGCUGCUCUGGCUCAGUACUGCCACCUGCUGGACUGCAUCUGUAGCUGGGGUCAGACUGCUGACGUCCUGGAGCUGGUCACUGAUUGGCUGAGCGAGGCUCUUCCCAAACAAGGAAAGAAAGCUGCUAAAGGCAGACGGGUGCAGAUUCUGGAGACCGUGGAGGCCAAGCCGGACCUGGCUCUGGUGUACCUGGAGUACCUGUUCAGCCACACCUCCGCGCAGGAGAAGGUCCUGGCUCUCUGCCAGGGGCCUCUGAAGCAGCUCCACACCAUUCUGGGGAAAUGGAAGUCGGUGCUGUACACACACCUCGGCUCCACCACAGAAGAUCCUGAACUCCCCGGAGUUGAGACGGCGCUAAACGCCUUCACGUUCCACGUUCGGCUCAGCGCACACCUGCAGCACAACCUGACAGAAGGUCGAGACUACCUGCUCUCUCUGGAGGGCGUGGCAGGCUGGGUGGCAGACCGGGUGCUGCCCUUCCUCAAGCAUUUAAACGAGAAUGACACAGAGAAGUCUCAGCAGCUAGCAGCACGAAUAACUGAGAGCUUUCUCUCAGUGUGCCGCGACAUUCUCCUCGUGGGUUUGGCUGACGACACGUUUAAGGGUCAGAUCCUCCACCUGUGCUCGCUAACCCUCCUCUCAGAGCUGGGCUACAUGUGCAUCCCUGCAGUGCUGCCCAUUUUAAAGGAGGUGGUGAACAGCUGUGUGCCUAUCGACAUCAACCAGGAUCAGGAGAAUCCGGAGGAUACCAGCGCUGUCCUUCUGGGCGUGGUGGCCAACAUCUUCCAAAAGAUUAUAGAGUUGUUGGCACGCCGCCUCAAGAAGGAACCAGAAGAAGGAAAACAGCUCUGCCAGUCAGCUGUUCCUGGUCUGACUGACUUCCUCCAGGUGGCGCAGACGUGGGGGAAAGCUCCUCUCAGCGGGGUCUUCUCUACUGUUUUUGCAGCCAUCGUUGUGGAGAAGAGGCACUUACUCCAGAAGAUUACCCAUCCUGAGGAGGUGAUCGUCCCACAGUCUGUGAACGAUAUGCCCCCGUUGUCCAGCAUCCUCCUGUCUGUCGUCCUCAGAUCCCCCUCUGUCACCGGGGCGUUUUUGUCAGAAGUCAGCUCAUCUCUAGACUCCGAGGUCAUCAGCAGCCUGACUGAGCUGGCGGCCGUUCUACACGUCCUGGCUGUCGUCAGACACUCGGGUCGGAGCAAAGGGGACUUGAAAAGGGCCGCCGUGUCCGUCCAGCAGCAGAUUCACAGUCACGCCGUUUCAUCUGUGGACGGCAGCGACAUCCAGAGGGUUAUUCAUGCUUCUUCAGUGACUACUUUAAAUGAGAUUCUGGAGCUCUGACUUCCUCUACUAAAAAUAAAAAACAAAUGGCUGCUGUGUUUGCAGACACGCAUGAGUUCCACAUUAUGUAAACAAAUACAGAAUUAGUUGAAAAAAUAGAAAUUUCCAAGUUUCUUUGCUUCACAGUUCUUUUAUUUUUAUUUUUAAACAAAUGUGUCAAAUGUAUAAAUUUAUAUACGUCAGUAUCUGUUUUUAAAUACCUGAUGGGUUUGUCCGCUUUAAUCUGUGUUUUGUUACUAAUUACAAUGAAAAAAACAAUAAAUCAGCUUAAGCUGGGUGUUUAUUCUC